ACUCUUGAUGGUUUAUGGAACAUGUAGUGUGAAUAGCCUGUAGGUCUGUUUUUGCGUAAAACUGACAGUUUUAAACUGAUUUUAAACGCACGACUAGCGUCAGAAGAGGUUUCUGCAUGGGCUGUAAAAAUUUUAUUCGGAAAUAAAUCGUGGAGGCGGGACUUUUAUGGACGUUGCACUUACAAACACUGAGUCAACAUGUCGGGGAGCGCUGCUGUCAUUAGAGUUUCAUCUCUUCUUAGCAGAAAACCACCGUUUCUACAGUUGAUUCAGGACAACUGUGUGAAAAUAAGACGACCAUUCAGUACCGAGCUGCAAGGUCAAGGUCAGACAAGACCACUAGAUGGCGUCAAAGUCUUAGAUCUGACAAGAGUACUGGCUGGACCUUUUGCUACUAUGCUAUUAGGAGAUUUGGGAGCAGAGGUGAUCAAAGUUGAAAGACCAGGGUUAGGUGAUGACACAAGGGCAUGGGGCCCUCCAUUUAUAGGGGAAGAGAGCGCUUAUUUUCUAAGUGUCAACCGGAACAAAAAGAGCAUUGCUGUUAAUCUUAAAGAUCCAAAGGGGACCAAACUUAUAACAGAGCUUGCCAAAGUCUGUGAUGUUCUAGUGGAGAAUUACUUGCCUGGGAAACUGAAUAAGAUGGGACUUGGGCACGAAGAGUUGCAAGAAGUGGCCCCUCAGCUCAUCUAUUGCUCUAUCUCAGGCUAUGGACAGACGGGCCCUGAAUCACACAAGCCUGGCUAUGACUCCAUUGCGUCUGCAAUGUCUGGAAUGAUGCACAUUACUGGUCCAGAGGAUGGGGACCCAGUCAGGCCAGGCGUGGCUAUGACAGAUCUUGCCACUGGUUUGUACACUCAGGGAGCUAUAAUGGCUGCUUUGCUGCAGAGACAGAGGACAGGAAGGGGCCUUCACAUAGACUGCAAUCUUCUGUCAUCACAGGUUGCUUGUCUCACUCACAUUGCUGCUAACUACCUCAAUGCUGGUAAAGAGGCCAGACGAUGGGGAACUGCACACGAAAGCAUUGUCCCUUAUCAGGGUUUCAAGACCAAAGAUGGAUAUCUUGUUGUGGCAGCGGGAAAUGACCAGCAAUUUAUGAAAGUGUGCAAAGUUCUGAGUUUGAAUGGCCUGGCAGAGAGCCCGAAGUACAAAAGCAACACUUUAAGAGUUCAGCACCGGAAAGAGCUGUUGGAGGUUCUCUCUGAGAGGUUCAUGGAGAAGACGACCGGGGAGUGGCUGAGACAUUUUGAUGGCACAGGCGUCCCCUGUGGCCCUAUUAACAAUAUUCAGCAGGUUUUCACAAACGCACAGGUUGCUCACAAUGGCCUUAUUUUGGAGAUGGACCACCCAACAUCAGGAAGGAUAGCGGUGCCAGGAAGCAGUCCAGUGAUGGAGCUGAGAUGUGUUGUUCUUACACCUUGGGAAUGCGUCCAGUUCUGUCAGUAUUUACUCACCUUCAUGUCUUUCCAAACACAUACACUGUUAUUUUUUCCAUGGAGCACAAAAGGAAACAUUUUUGAUGAACUGUCACGCAGCUCUUGCCAUACAACAACAGUUCAUAGUGACCACAGCUGUCAAUUUCACACCAGAAAAGCACCAGAAAUGUAGUUCAUACAACUCAUGCGCUAUAUUCUAAGCCUUCUGACACUAUAUAUUUGUGUGAAUGCAGAUAGAACGAAAGAAUGCAGAUUUUUUUUCUCUUUUUUUUCUCCCCUUUUCUCCCGCUCUAAUUCCUCAUGGUGGCGUAGUGACUCACCUCAAUCCGGGUGUCAGAGUACCAGUUGCCUUCCUGUCUGAGGCCGUCAAUCCGCACAUCUUAUCACGUGGCUUGUUGAGCGCAUUACUGCGGAGACAUCCGCAAGCUAUUCUCCGCGGCAUCCACGCACAAAUCACCACGUGUCCCACUGUGAGCGAGAACUACACAUUAUAGCGACCAUGAGGAGGUUACCCCAUGUGACUCUACCCUCCCUAGCAACCAGGCCAAUUUGGUUGCUUGGGAGACCUGGCUUGAGUCACUCAGCACACCCUGGAUUCAAACUCAUGACUCCAGGGGAGCAACCCAGGCCCAUUUUUGUCAUUUUUUAAUCAAUAAUAAUUUCACAUCAUAACGUUCUGUUACUCCGCACAAGAACCAAUGGCGUUUUACCAUCAAUAAUAUUUAGUUUAGUCCUUUUUGGAGCUUGACAGACAUAGCCACUAUAAACUGUUUCUCUAAAGAAAAUAGCUGCAUAACUGCCUGACAUCCUCUAUGCAAAAAAUAACAACAUGAGGGUGAGUAAAUAAUUAAAUCAUUUUCUUUGAAUAUUUGUGAAGUGUUCAGUGAUGUGUUCUGUUAAACUCUUUACACCUGAACUUUUCCAUUGCGUUUCUGUUCUAUCUGUCCAAAAA